AUGAAGAAGAAAUGCUUCGAGUCAGGGUGUACGUAUGAGGUUGAGUAUUCAUGCAAAUGCUCUUCUCCUGAGACUUUAUCUUGUAAAGUACAUAUUGGGAAGCAUCUAAGCUUACAAAAUAGAACUCAUGGCCUUGAAUCAAUGUUUAGCCAGCCUUGCGAAGGGACAAAAGAAGCAAUUCUUGAAUUCCUUACAAUAGAAAAUUCAAAAUACAGCGAGUUGAGGAGAAAGAUCAUAGAUUCCUAUAGCCAGUGCCCAUUUAAUUUAAAGAGAAAUUUAAGAGAUUUCACAAAAAAAUUGGAUGAUUGCUCAGGUGAAAUAAAUGAUUUCUUUGCAAAAAUUUCCCAAAUUCAAAAAGUAUCAAAGUUAGAACAAGAUCCAAUAUUAGGAUUAUUGGUUUUACAGCCUAGAGAAGCUGUUGAGAAAGUAAGAUUCAUGAUCAAAGCCAUGAAAGAUUGAUACAACGCUGCAAGAUUCUUUUAUAUAAUCACUGAAAAGUUAGCGAGUUUAGAUAGAUCCUUUGUUAAAGAAAAAUGCGAUGCACAUCUAGAAAAUAUGAAUAUGCAAAAUAAUCCUGAAUUGUAUAAUAAAACUAGAGUUUUAGCAAACGUUAAGGAUUCGGUUUCCUUGAUAAAAAAUGUGAACAGUUUAAAAAGGCAUAAAAACGUAAAAAAGCCAAUAAAAAACCCCCCAGAAAACAAGGCAAGCUUGCUUAAUUUUAAAAUAAGCACUGCUUCUAAUGAUCUCAAAAGUAAACCCAAGGGGAAAAAAAGAGUUUUAAACGUAGGCGCAUUAAGAAAUAAAAUAGCUGAGAUUUUAAGUAAACCAAACAAUCCAGAAUUAGAGAAAGAUUUCAGAAAAACUUGCUCAAAAAUCCAAACCAGUUCUAGUUUUCAUGAUCCGCCACUAAUGCAAGCUUACCAAGAUUAUCUUAAAGCUUAUCAACAAAAGACAUCUCUUUAUAGUAUUAGAGAAGAUUAUAAAAACAAGAGAGCUGAUUUGCAUAUUUAUAAUACUGAAACUGAAACCAAAGAAGUUAAAAUCUUGCAGACUCCACAGCUACUAGAUCUAGGUACUUGCAUAACUCAACUUCCAAAUAGCAAACUAUUCUGCUUUGGAAAAAGGGAUCCGACUUCUGGAAUUGCAAUGCUGAUUGAUCUGAAUGGUGGAGUCGAAAUACUGCCAUCUGGAACAGGAAAAUCGCAAUCAUUUUUUAUAAUUUAGUAUUUUUUCUUGCUUUAAAUAUCCACUGAAAUUGCUCCACUCUCAUUUAAAUUUCAACUCAGACGAGCUUAAUCUAGCAUUUCUUAAAAGAAAUCAGUAAGAACUAACACCCAUCUGGAACUCCUUGCUCUAGCUCAUCAUGUAUACUGGCUUUAAAGAAUGAUUAUUGCAUAUGGAUAAUCUUUUAAAGGUGCAUAUUGAUUGGAUAAAAGAUAUGGUAUGCUCCCAAGUUGCAGUUCAUCUUCCAAGUAUUGACAUUUUUAAGAAGAAAUUGCACAGAAGGAGAGUGCAUAAAAGAUCCAAUAAUCUAUAUAAUCCAUUCCAUCUUUUCUCAAGCCCAAUAGAAAUUUAUUAUCCAUCUCCUGCUUUUAUCUCACAAAAGUUAAACUCUGCCAGAGACUGCAAUAAAAAAUCAAGUGACCUAUAUCUAUUUCAACAACAGUGUCUAUUGCUUUGGAGUUUAUAAUAAAAUUUAUUUAACUCUAUCUAGUAGAUUUGAUUUGGAUCAAAAUCGAUGAAUUCACUUAACUCCAAUUCCAAAAGCUGAUUAUAAGUUCAAUAGCAUAAUAUUUAGUGGAAAUAUUUUGAUUUCUGGAUAUUUAAAUAGAAAUCUUUGGUUAUACUCAAUUGAUAUUGACUCUUUCUCGACAAUUCCUUAUGAGUUUGCAGGAUGUAUAAGAAAGAUACUGAUAAAUGCAGAGAGUCUAUAUUUGAUUGAAUGCGACAAUGGAUCAAUCUAUGAAAGCGAAGUUGGAAGCUACUUGAAUUGGAGACAAAUAGGAAAAUCAAAAAUCAAUUGCAAUCUUAAUCAAGUAUAUUGUUCAUAUAAUAAAGGGGGAAUAUGCAUUGGGACAGAUAUUGGCUACUUCAAGUUUGAUUUCAAAAAAAAUAGACUGGCUGAAUUAAAAAGUAAUAAUUAA